AUGUUUGCCAAGCUUACUACCGUCUUUGGGCUCCUCGCCGUCGCCGCGCAGGUCGUGGUUGCGACUCCCCCGGCAUGUGUCAUUGCCGCCGUCAACCAAGCACCUGACCCAGCAGACAUCAAAGCCGUCUGCGACAACGACAAGGUCAAGAACUACAUCUCCACCAAGUGCGGCGACAACACCGACGCUGCCAACAAAUACUACGCCGACGUCUGCAAGGACGCCGGUGUCACCGUCUCCACCUCCAAAUCCUCCUCGAAAUCUGGCUCUGCAUCCGCUACAGGUACCCAUGGUGGUUCCCACACCACUGCUUCCCCCACUGAGACUCUUUCUGGUAUGCCGACUGGCACCGCGGGUACUGCUUCCUCUGGUUUCCACACGGCCACUACUAACGGUACUUGGUCAGCUCCUACCGGCACUGGCGGCUCGUCCGCAAGUCAAACGACUGGAGCAGGUGUUGCCGAGAGCACUGGCGCUGCAUCGAGAUUGGGCAUGGAUGUGGUUGGUCUCGCCGCCGUGGGCGUCUUCGGUGCCAUGCUGGCGCUUUAA